UCAGUAGACUACCGAUUACAACCAUAUUAAAAGACAGAAGCAUAACAAAUCAUUGCAAAGCUUAGCCACAACAAAAUUUUAGAUCAUUGUCACACAAAGAAUCAUCUACAUCUUCUGCAUACUCACUGCAAAAACUGUUCAAGUCCCCCAUGAAUCAACCGAGUUUGCUCAUUCUGUUUCUCCUUCUUAUGUUCUUUCAUGUUGCAGCAUUCUCUCCCUCCCGCCGGAGCAGCCUCCAACAAGAUGCAGCCACCAAUUUCCAGCCCAGUGUUGCAGUUGCCAUUGCCAUCUUGGCUGUCAUUUUCUCCUUGACAUGCCUCCUCCUUGCCUAUGCAAGAUUCUGCCACAGAGCUUCAUCGGUUCAUGACAACGAGCAGAGUCUUGAUAGAGGGAUUCGAUUGGGGUCUCGAUUCUCUGGAGUCGAUAAAACAGUGAUCGAAUCGCUUCCUUUCUUCAGGUUUUCUUCCCUCAGGGGCUCAAGGGAGGGGCUGGAAUGUGCAGUCUGCCUGUCUAGAUUCGAAGAUGUCGAGGUCCUUCGAUUGCUGCCUAAGUGUAAGCAUGCCUUUCACAUAAACUGCAUUGACCUGUGGCUCGAGAGGCACUCGAGCUGCCCUCUCUGCAGGCACAAGAUCAGUGCUGAUGACCUUGCUUCCUUGGCUUAUUCGAGUAGUUUGAGGUUCUUGUCGAGCCAUACAGAGCUUCGCGAGGAUUCAAACAUCGAGCUCUUUGUCCAGAGAGAAGAAGAAGAAGGAGAAGAAGAACAAGGGUUGCAUGGAGGCUCUUCAAGAUUUAGCAUUGGGAGCAGCUUUAGGAGAGCCAACAAAAGCAUAAAGGAAGAAGAAUUGCCAAUCCAAGAAAACUCUGAUUUUGAUGAAAACCAGAAGCCUGUUCUCCACAAGUUCAAUCACCGGAUCAUUGUGCCUGAUGUUGUCUUCAAGAACCGAUGGAGCAGCGUCAGCUCGUCAGACCUCGUGUCUCUGAAUUCAGAGAUGCUUGCAGCCAUGUCAAACAACAGAUUCUCUUCUUCAGAUCCAAAAUCUGCACAGCCUGCAAGAACACGAGUGCUCGAAAACAGCCAAAUCAUGAAGAUCAAGGAAGAGAUGGAGAGGAAGAGAGUUUUCGAAAGCAAGCUCAGUAAAAUGAGCCUAACGGAUUCAUUUCAAUUACUAGAAAAUAAGGGAAAGGCUUAUGACCAAUUUUCGACCUCUACGAACCCAAGAACCUCGUGCAUUGAGAAUGUUUCUUUAUCAAAAAGUACUAAUUAUUCUUCACAGGCAAAACCCAAUUCGAGCUAUGCAUCCAGAGCUUUGAAUCCGGCUGACAAGCGAUCGAUGUCAGAGAUAACGGUUCAUCCAAGAUUCAUUGACUUUGGUGUUAAGAACAGUAUCAGAGAGUCCUCUCUUCCUGAAAAUGAUGCCAAGGAAGAAAGAUUAAAGAGGCUUUGGCUGCCGAUUGCUAGAAGAACAGUUCAAUGGUUUGCCAAUAGAGAAAGAAGGUCUCAUCAUUCAGAUAACAGAAUACAAUCAUCAAAAGUAUAGAUUCAGAUACGGCUUCUGAAGAGGAGUUGUUCUAGUCCACUGAUCAUUAGGGUUUCAAUUCCUCAACCUGAGCUGGUCUUUAUGAGCAGAUUAAGAUAUGGUAGAACUUCUUGUCAUACUUUCAUUUGAAUGAACUUCUAGACAUGCUUGUUAAUCAUUGAUGAUGUUGUUAUGACAAUAGAUUUUGUAGGGUUUACACAACUUUUAUCCAAUGAUCAGUAAUAAUGGUAGAGUUUAAGAUUUAAGAUCUAACUUUUUUAU